AUGGAUAAGAGUUGCAGUUCAAAAGAUAAGAAGGGCACCUUCUUUGAUGAUUGGGACCUGUCAGAGUCUGGAGGCUCAGACCAACCUGAGUUUGCAGAGGACUUGGAAAGUGGUUUUUGCUCUGAUGUGGAAUCCGAGUAUAAGAAAAUAUACGAGGAUGAUAUUAAUCCCUUUGCAGCAUUUUCAAAGAAGGAAAGAGAUCAAAGGUACAAGGAACUGGGAUUGAGAGAUAAAAUUACCCUUAGCAGUGGGCGGUUUCUUCUUGCUAAUAAGUGUGCUAGAACCUUCGCGUUUUUCUAA